UAAAUUUAAUUUCAGUUGUUUAAAAAUUAGCUAAAUGCAGUUCAAUUAAGAAGGUUUUUCAUCAAGGACAGUUCUGCAAUUCCAUGCUCUGCCAUUGAGUUUCAGACAGAUGAUGACUGAUUUUUGUUUCCAUCUUUAGAUGACACAAACAGAUGUUAAUGGCCCAGAACUGAAAAGGGUGUUCAUGCAAAACCAAAGGAAACGAUGAGGAACGUGCCACACACUCGUCUGGCAGAUGAUACUGACAUCAAGGAAAUCUAUACAUUUGAAAAGAAAUUGGGUCAGGGUGGCUUUGGGACCGUCUUUGCAGCCACCCACAUUGAGAAACAAACUAAAUGGGCUAUUAAAGUGAUUUGCAAACCAGAGCCAGGCAAUCCAAAAGUUGAGUUCCUGGAUCGGGAAGUAAGCAUCCUCAAAGAAGUGAUUCAUCCUCAUAUAAUACAUCUCAAGGAAGUGUUUGAAACUACAAAGAAAAUUUAUUUGGUUACUGAGCUGUGCAGUGGUGGUGAACUUAAGAAAGUGCUGGAGGAGAAGAUUUAUUUUACUGAAGAUGAGACAAGGCACAUCAUCGGCAGCUUAACUGAUGCUAUGGUUUACCUGCACAAGAAUGACAUAGUUCAUCAAGAUCUGAAACUUCAGAACAUUCUUGUGAAAAGGCCUCUCAGUGGAGAUAAGGACAUGAUUGACAUCAAGGUGUCAGACUUUGGCUUAUCAGAAAAGAUGGGUGGUACUGUUGAGAAUAUGCUGUCAGGCACCCGUGGAACUCUUAUGUACAUGGCACCUGAAAAGAUGAAAGAACAGCCUUUCAGCAAGCAGUGUGAUUUGUGGAGCAUAGGAGUCAUUAUGUACAUGUUACUAUGUGGGGAGCCACCGUAUCGAUCCACUCAAAAGGAACCGCUACUUAAGGAGAUAAGUGAGCAAAAAGUCAAAUUUACUCAUUCCAUCUGGAACACAGUCAGUGAUGAAGCAAAAAAUAUUUUGACUUCCCUUCUGAAGGAAGACCCUGGGGACCGCUUAUCAGCUGGUCAGCUACUGGACAGCCCAUGGAUUACAGGUGAGAAUCGUAUGUUGGCAAUGCAGCCCAAUUCAGUGGUGAUGAUGAACCAGGAGCUCUUUUAUCUUUCUAUCUUUUGCCUCCUCUAG